CGCGAAAUGCCAAGCUGACCCCCCCUCUCAGAGAACGCAGUCUCGCUGUGAGACACCAGACUAAGGCUGCAACGAUGGAGGAGCUAACGCAGGUAGUUUGGGUUAGCAUGAAGGGUAUUCUGGGUCCCAGAGUUUUCUUUGGACCCGUUUGAAGUUUCUAACGUUAGAUGACUCGGACCCACUGGGCGCCACUGGGCCAGAACCGAUGCUGAGUGCACGCCCACUGGAUACUUGGAUCCAUAUCGAUCGAGGUCUUGGAUCGUCGAAUGACCGCCACCCGCGGCCACCAUUGUUUAAGGCGGAUGGCUGAGAUUAUUCCCACGUAGAGGGUCUAUCUAACACGGAUAUUACCGGUUGUCCCCUGUAAAAGGGCAUCACAGGAUGGUGUCGAUUAAAUGGUGUGGAGGAAGACUCAUGAGUAUAACCGAAGUCUGACUCGAGGAUGGAAUUGGUCUGGACUUUGCCAAACCUUCAGACUUCAGUCAUUGAAUCUCCAGUUGGUUAAAUUGUCCCGUGCGAUCGGCAUCUCGCCCGCAUCGAUCUCCUCCUCCUUCUGCUCUGCUGCUGUCGAAUUGUCGAACCAAGGUCCAGUCUCACUUGGUCCUGUACCUUUCUGUCCUUCUGUCUUUUCCUUUCUUUCUUUCUCUCUUUUCUUUUCACGGGCUCCCCACCUACACGCUGUCCUAUUCUACUCAUUACGCUUCCUUUUCUUCUUCCCUCCCUCUACUACUUGCUUCUGUGCAUUUUUCCUUUUCCUCCAUCUGCACAAUCCUACUAGUGCCCGCUUAUCUCCCGUUCCUUUUUGAGCCACCGGCCAGAGUCAAUGCAUCAUUAGCUUUGCUGGUUUUCGGAAGGAAUUCCCACCAGUGUAGGUCAGCCUUCGCCCUUGCUCGUGCUCUUUCUCGCUUGCACCAGACCCUCUUUUAUCUUCCAGGUGUUUCCCUUCGUUUGUCUAUACUUUUUUAUUCUUCAUUCUUCAC